AUGCAGUCAAUCCUCACAAUCGCCACCUUGGUCAGCGCCGCCUUCGCCGGCGUGAUCAACCGAGCCGAAGAUGAUGGACCAGUCAACAUCCCCGUCGACAGCGUUGACAACCCCACAGGGGACACGAUCCAGGCCAUCACGCACUUGUAUAUCUGCUCCGAUGCCAACUUCUCCGGCCGCUGCCAGAACCUGGAAUCCAACACUGGUCAAUGCUACAACUUGUACAACGGCUUCAACGAUGUUGUUUCGUCGCUUGGACCUGAUGCCGGAACAUCUUGCACCAUCUGGGAGGAUGGUGGGUGCACAGGAGCCUCCAUCGUCAACAUUGUCAGCCCUGGCAUCUACAACCUUGCCGACUCCAUCUGGAACUUCAACGACAAGAUGAGCUCCUACAGAUGCGUUUAG